AUGCGGCAUCUAGGCAACCUCAUUACUGACAGAGGUUCCAGAGGAUCCAUUUCCAGUGUGAUGAAACACCUCGAGACUCUAUUGGCCACCGCAGCUCAAGUCCUUACCAAUCUGUCGAUGGUCGAAGAUCAGGCAGAAAACGACCGUCAAGACGAGCUUCAUCUGAAGUACAUUGAGCUAGCUGGAGACGCGCUGGAGAGAGGUCAACAAAAUUUGAAUUCAAGAUUAGGCGAACCUCUUUCUGAGACUGCAGGCAAUCUAGCACCAUCUAUUCCAGCAUCCGAGCAAAACCGCCAAGAGGAGGAACGCAAGUUAGCCCAACAGAGAGCAGAUGCAGCCGCUCUACAAGCAGACGAAGCCCGUCGUCAAGCCAACGAGGCGUCCAAUCGAGCAGAGGAGGCCCGACGAGAAGCUGCUGCAGUCACGCACGUUUCUCAGCGCCUUUCUCAGCUUGGACAAGAUUGGAGACAGAACCAACGCCGGCUUAAUUCUUCGACUGCCCAAGCAGCUCCUGACGAGUGGAUCGACCAUUACGCCGCCGGCCAGCUGAAGCCAAAUGUCACCGCGAAUUUGUACAGAGCUCUUGUGCACGAUACCGGAAAAUCCGCUGGAGAGAAGUUGGCCAUCCUUAAACGACAUCUGAAAGGGGAUUGUCUUGACCUGGUCCAGGGUCUCGGAGGAGGCGAGCCAGCCUACAUCGAAGCCUUAGUCCGUCUCAAACAGAGCUGUGGCAGACGGGAUGUUAUGCGAGCUGCUACUCUACAGGUGAUCGAGAAGGUGGAACUGAAGAAUGAUCCGGCCACUUUCAAACGUUUUGCCGAGCGGAUUAGGACUCAUCUAUUUGAUCUCAGCCGUAUUGGAGAAUACAACGCUCCUGACCUGAUCGAGAAGAUUUGCAUGAGGCUUCAGCCACCGGAUCGUCUUGAGUGGAACCGCGGACGACGAGGGGGAUUGGAAACCAGAAGUCUCAACGCCUUUGGCUCUUGGCUUUGUGAGAGAGCGGCGGAGUAUCAAAAUGCAUACAGCAUUGCGUACGAGCAGACUUCUUCCUCCGCACUCAAGCCACAUCAUUGGCCACAUGCUCGCAGCCACCCUGCUUCAUCCGCAAAGGCAACUGACAACUACUCAGCACCCAAGGUCACCUUCCGGCCGUUCUGUUUCAAAUGCGAAGGCUACCACAAAUUGGAAAAUUGUAGUCGGUUCAAGGCUUUAGUCGUUGCAGACCGAGUUUCUUUCUGCACCAAGCACAUGGUAUGUUUCGGGUGCCUUGGAUCACAGCAUUCCGUCCGGAAUUGCGCUACGAAGAAGCCGUGCAAGAUCGCUGGUUGCAGCCUGCACCAUCACGAAUUGGUCCACGAUCCCGAUAGACCAGUCACUGUAUUUACGCCGGAUGCAACGAGGACCGGAGCAACAAGAACAGCGACGGCCCACCUCAGGAAGCAGAAUCCGCAACAAAUCGCCAUGGGAAUGAUGCGGCUGAAGGUUUGUGGCGCCGACAAAGGAACCGUCUGGGCGAACGUCUUCAUCGACGAAGGUAGCGAUUCAACACUCAUGCGGCAAGGAUUCGCCAGUGCAAACAGAAUUACCGGUGUUCAUCAGAUCCUGACCGUGGAAGGCGCUGGUGGUGUAGUCAAGAGCUACCGUUCCCAACGUGUGAAUUUCCAGAUCGACACGGAUUAUGGUGAAGAGCUGAAUCUCUCGUGCUCUACCCUGCCCACUACUGUAGUGAGCACUACCCCCGUGACCGAUUGGGGAGUUCUGAAGAAACGUUGGUCUCAUCUGGCCGACAUUCCUGUUGGAGAGACAGGUGGCAGAGUGGACAUCCUUAUCGGAAACGAUUAUUCCCACCUCAUCGUGGCUUUAGAAUCCAGAGUCGGGAAUGACUACGAACCGACCGCCAUCAGAAGCAGACUAGGUUGGAUCAUCCGUGGGGUCGUCAGCGAUGGUGCUUCCGUCACAGCCGUCCGGACUCAUAACGUCACUAGUUCGUCACAGCUCGAAGAGAUCGCGUUACAAUUACGCCGUUUCUGUGACACCGAAAACUUUGGGACGGAGUCGAAAACCAAAGGGAUGUCAGAUGACGAUCGACAAGCCAUCGCCAUUUUAGAAGCUGGAACAAAGAAGCUGGAACUAGGCUACGAGGUUCCUAUCACCUGGAAGAGGGGGGAGCCAGCUUUAGUUUGCAAUAGACAGGUUACUCAACAACGACUCGGUGGUCUACUUCGGCGAUUCAGUAGAGAGCCAGCGUUCGAGAAAGAUUACCGUGCUGCCGUUCAGAAAACUAUUGACAAAGGAUAUGCCUCAGUGUUAUCCGAAGAGGAAGCUGCGUCCGCAAAAUACUUUCUCGCUCAUCAUGGUGUCUACAAAGGUCCUAAAUUACGUGACGUCUUUGAUGCAGCGGCCCCAUAUCAGGGAAAGUGUUUUAAUAACGCGAUACUCAGUGGUCCUGCUCUCCAUCCUUCUCUUCCAUCCGUUUUAAUCCAAUUCCGGGAAGAAGCCGUGGCCUGGGCCUCAGACGUAGAGGCGAUGUUUAGCCGUUUUAGGCUAAACCCUUCCGACGCAAAUUAUUUUUGGUUUUUGUGGCAGGAGUCCUCAUUGAAGACUUAA